AGUUUGAGAGGUUUGAGAAAGAGAACAUAAAGAUGUCAUCGGGUGCCCUUUUUCCAAGCUUGGUCAGCGGCUCACGGGGAAGCUCCAGCAAGUACCUUGUGGAGUUUCGUGCCGGCAAAAUGACCUUAAAGGGCAACACUGUUACACCUGACAAACGCAAAGGCACAGUGUACAUCCAACAGUCGGAUGAUUCCCUGAUUCAUUUCUGCUGGAAGGACAGGACCACAGGGAAUGUUGAUGAUGACUUGAUCAUCUUCCCUGAUGACUGCGAAUUCAAGAGGGUGAGCCAGUGCACAACCGGACGUGUCUAUGUGUUGAAAUUCAAGGCUGGAUCUAAAAGGCUGUUCUUCUGGAUGCAGGAGCCAAAAACAGACAAGGAUGAAGAGUUCUGCCGUAAGGUGAACGAGUAUCUGAACAACCCUCCGAUUCCUGGAGCAGCCGGCAGCGGAGGUGGCAGCGGCCACGAACUGUCUGCGCUCGGAGGAGAGGGGGGGCUUCAGAACCUGUUGGGGAACAUGAGCCACAACCAGCUGAUGCAGCUGAUUGGACCAACAGGACUGGGUGGAUUGGGUCUGGGAGCUUUAGCUGGACCAGGACUUGCCAACCUGUUGGGCAGUGGAGGACCACCCACCAGCAGCUCGUCAUCCAGCUCCCGCAGCCAAGCAGCCCCAGCAGCCACCCCCUCAUCAGGAGGAACCCCCAGACUGAGCUCUUCUCAGACCCCCGCUAACCCUGCACCUCCUGCCACUUCAGCUCCAACAUCUACUAGUGUGACUACCUCCGCUCCAGCAGCAGCAGCAGCAGCAGCUCAGACCCCAGUGACACCAGCCUCUGUUGGAAGCCCUCCGCCCCAUCAGCCCAUCCAGCUCAGUGACCUUCAGAGCAUCCUGGCCAACAUGAACGUUCCAGCAGCAGCUGCUGCUCAGGGACCAGGAGUGGACCUGGCCAGUGUUUGCACCCCAGAAAUGAUGGCUCCCAUCCUCAGUAACCCUGAGGUCCAGCAGAGACUCCUGGAGUUCCUCCCCAGUGGAGAAAGUUUACCACAGAGUGCUGACGAGAUCCAGAACACGCUCAGCUCGCCUCAGUUCCAGCAGUCCAUGAGCAUGUUCAGCAGUGCCCUGGCCUCCGGGCAGCUCGGCCCACUGAUGAGCCAGUUCGGUCUGUCUAAUGAAGCUGUGGAUGCUGCCAACAGGGGAGAUGUGGAGGCGUUUGCCAGAGCCAUGCAGGGCAGCAAAGGAGCCCCUAAAGAGAAGGAAGGGGAGGGUGAUGAAGAUAUGAGUCUCAAUUAGAAACUCUUGAUUCCAGUUAAAUGUUUGAUUUCUUUCUCUUUCUAUCUUCAGCGUUGUCUUACACCUUUCCAUACCAAAGGCAAUGUUCUGCUCAGGUGUUCAUGUUCUUUACAUUUAGCUUCAGAAGGGAUGUGGGAGGAGCUUACCUUGUCUCUUUUCUGACACAACAGCUUGUUAGAGCUGAAACCUGCAGGUUUCUUUGUGAUUAACUCUUCAAAAUAAAAACUCAUUCAUUCUG